UGCCCGAUAUCUCUGGAUCUUAUGAGAGAUCCCGUAAUUCUGCCAUCCGGACACACUUACGACCGCUCCUCCAUCACCGAAUGGCUGGACUCAGGCCACUUCACUUGUCCGCUCACGGGCCAGAAGCUCCCGCGCCACCCGCCUCUGAUUCCCAACAACGCACUACGGAGCCUCGUUAGCCAGUGGUGCGACCGUCAAAAGGUGCCCUUUCAUCUCAACAACGCCGCUGCCGGCGGUGAUGAUGCCGUUAAAAUGACGGCCGCUUUCUUGGUCAGAAAGCUCGCCACAGGGUCGCCCCAUGUGCAGACUCAGGCGGCUUAUGAGCUCCGCCUUCUGGCCAAGCGCGGAACGGAGAUCCGCAGGUGCAUAGCUGGGGCCGGGGCUAUCCCUUUCCUCGUCCCUCUUUUAUCUUCUUCUUCAGAUUCUAGGGCUCAGGAAAACGCCGUCACGGCACUGCUGAAUAUAUCCAUCAACGACAACAAUAAGGCUCUCAUAAUGGCUGCCUCGGGUGCUGUGGAUGCCAUUGUGGGAGUGGUGCAACAGGGCAGCUCUAUGACUGCUCGAGAGAACGCCGCUGCUUUAAUUUUCAGUCUCUCUGUAGUGGACGAUUAUAAGAUCACCAUUGGGGCGAAGCCUGCGGCUAUUCCUGCGCUGGUCACCCUGCUUCGAGAAGGCAAUUGUAGAGGUAAAAAGGACGCCACUAACGCUCUUUUCAGCCUUUCAGGAUACAAGAAAAACAAGGACGCCGUUUUGAAGGCUGGUGUUGUUGGGAUGCUGAUUGAUUUGAUUGUAGAACGAAGGGUCGAGGAGGAGGGGAGCGUGAGCGUAACGGCUGAUGCUCUCGCGCUGCUCUCCCUUCUGGUGGGCUGCUCUGAAGGAAUGGACGAGAUUAUGAGUAUCGGUAAACCAGUCAUUCCCGCUUUGGUUGAUUUGGUUAGCGUGGGAUCAGACAGAGGAAAAGAGAACGCCAUUGCAGUGUUGACAGCCAUGUAUCACAGCGGUGGGGAGACUAUGGUAACAAGAUUGGCAGAGAGCAUUAUUUCACCCGUGCAAAUGGUGGCGUCCACUGGUACAUCUCGGUCGAAGAGGAAAGCCGCCUCGCUUCUCAAGCUCCUUACGGCUAGCCCCGCACUAUAG